GUGACAUCAGACGAAGCGUUGGUGACGCAGAUAUGUGAUGGUGCAACACACGUAAUAUAACCGGCUACCUGUGAGGAUCUGUACUUCGUUUUCUCAGUCAUACGGAGAGUGGAUCUGUCUGAAGCGGAGACUUCUGUCUGUCAGAUCUGGUACUCUAGUCAUGAAGAGCCUGCCGUACUUCUGUCGGGGAGAGGUCGUUCGAGGAUUUGGAAGGGGAAGCAAAGAACUCGGUAUUCCCACAGCAAACUUCCAAGACUCCGUGGUGGACAAUCUUCCAGCAGAUAUCAGCACAGGGAUCUACUACGGCUGGGCUUGUGUGGGUAAUGGCGAUGUCUACAAAAUGGUGAUGAGCAUCGGCUGGAACCCUUACUACAAAAAUACCAAGAAAUCCAUGGAGACUCAUGUGAUACACAAAUUCAAAGAAGACUUUUAUGGAGAAGUUCUCAGUGUGGUCCUUGUGGGCUACAUCCGCCCAGAAAGAAGCUUUAACUCACUCGAAGCCCUCAUUGCGGCAAUCAACAGUGAUAUUGAGGAGGCCAAGAUGAAGCUGGAGCUGCCAGAGCAUCACAAGCUGAAAGAUGACAACUUCUUCACCAGCACGGCCAACUCCUCUUCAGUCCUGCCCACCACGCCCAGCCCGUCCACGUCACAGACUAUUAUGAACGGUCACUAACAGCUGGCUAGGACAGCAGUGCUGUGGAUACACUCACACAGACCAGAAUUAGACAAAGGUUUAUGUAAAUGCUCAGCCUCGCUGUCACAAUGCAUGCACAUGGACCUAAUCAUAAGCAAUCCUUUUUUCUUUUCUUUUUUUAUUCUGUUUUUCUUUUGUUGUUGGUGUCUCUUUGUAAAGAGCUGUUAAGCUUCCUGCCUGGUUUUGUCACACAGACUGAUUAUGUCUGCCUCUCAACGGUCCUGCUGUAUAUUUUGGAAUCGUUUACUAGAGAAGGCACUAAAAACAGACCUUGGGAUUAAGGUAAUUGCAACCACUGCAGAGGCAGUUGUAAAAUAUUGUGUGUAAAAGGUACGAAUAGACUAUUAAGUGUCUGAUCACUAUUUAUUUUGGUUGGAAAUACAUGACUUUUCUUUUUUUCUGCUUCAGCGAUGGUUAAAGAGAAGGUCUGGGCAUUAUUAUCUGCAACAUAACACACAUUGUGCAAUCUGAGGCUUUUUGAAAGUCUUCAGUUUUCUUGUUUUCUCCUUACAUGUCCCUCUUCAGGAAAGGAGAACGUAAAAGGACACUGCCCUAAAACUUAUACACUUGGCCAGAAAUUCAGUUUUGUUUUGACGCAGGAAGAAAAUGGUUAAGAUGGUUAUUUAUUGAAUGAUAUGUUUACCUAAAAUGUUUUAAGCAAAGGCUUUUAUUAAUCUUUAUUUUUAUUUUAUCUUGAUUUAGGUAUCACUUAACUGUCUUGUCAGUGACCGGUCCUUUUAAUCAGCAGUUAAUUAUAGAUGAACACUAAGGCUGAAAAGGGCUUUAAGCACGUUGGGAAUUUGUUACUCCCUUUAGCCUUUUCAUUUCAGUGUCGAUGGCUUUGUUCCAGAUAGAAAAACACUGGCAGGUGGAGAUGCUAAAAGAUCUUUUUAGUACAAGUGGAAGUGUUUAACACCAAUUUAUGAGAAUUUGAACAGAUCAAACUAGCACACUAUUCUUAGUAUCUGCAUCGGUCAGCAUUUAAUAUAUUUACAUUCAGAAACCGUUGUCAAAGCCCUGGCUGGUGUUAGGUGUGUGCGCGCGAGACUGUACCUGUUUGGCUUUUACAAUGAAGUGUUUACUUUCAUUCGAAGCUCUGAUGAUGGAAGCCUGCUGAUGUGAUUUCAGCUCUUAUAAACCGUUAGCUUCAUAGCAUAAGUGCCUAAGUCAUUGACUUAGUCAAAUGACUUAGGCAAUUAUGCUAUGAAGCUAACGAAACUCUUGUGUUACAUGAGACAUAUUAAAAUGUUAUUUAGAGUUAAAAAAAGACAUUUGUUGUACACUCAGCUGUUUUUGCUGGUGAGAUGCCUUUUAGUUGUUCCAUUUCUAAUGCGUGCAAAGGACUGAACUAAUUAAUUGUGCUGCUUUAUCAAGCCUAUCAAAGAUAUAGUGAUAUCGAUAGAUAAUUUUUUUUUUUUUCUCCCCCGUCUAAUUACUGCAGGGCGGUCUGGUGUUUUAGUCUCACAUGUUGCAGUUAUUUAGUCUAGUUUACACAGGGACCACAGAUACUUGAUGUAGAGUUCAUUAAAGCGUAUCCACCUUUAUUUUCAUCCAUGUUUCAUUAAAUCAAAUCAUUUUAAUUCAAUUGUAUCAAAGUUCUUUUCUUCUCUUUCCUUUUUAAAGCUUUAUAUACAUUCAACGCAUUUUCAAAAAUGAUGAAAACAAGAAACCCACAUUAAACAAUAUGUAGCUGUCUGACCUGUUAAUACUUUUUGCCACAUUACAUCUUUGGCUGAUACAACCUGAAUUUUGUUACUGAACUCGUAUUAGCUUUUACAAAUAUGCAGAUAUACAUGUUAAUUCAGAUUAAAUCGGUUCUGAAACAUAUUUUCAAGAUUAAAAGGCUUAAUAAAGUG